AAAAAUAAUGUGAUAUUUAAACGAACAAAAUACGAAAUUAUUAAAUAAAUAAAUAAAUUUUGAAAUAAAUUAAAUGAAAAAAGCAAACACAUGUCAAACACAAAGUGAUAAUAAUUAUUGUAAUUUUAAGUUUAAUUUAACGAAUGUGUUACAAAUCUACAAAAAUUUUCAAGUGUUUGUUUUUAAAAAUAAAUAAAUUAUUAUUUAAUUUAUGCAAAUGUUACUAAUACCACACAAAUCAUGCCCCCAAGGGGCAAAACGUCACCACUGGCUGCUGUCCCCUAAGUUGUGGUUUAGUUUAGUUGUAAUUUUAUUAGUUUGUUUGGAUGUCAAUUGUUAUGAAAAAAUUUAUAGUCAAAUUGAAAAACAAAGAUACGAUGGCUGGUACAAUAAUUUAGCACACCCCGAUUGGGGUUCUGUAGAUAGUCAUUUGGUGCGCAAAGCACCGCCCUCAUAUUCAGAUGGCGUUUACGCUAUGGCCGGUUCAAAUCGACCCUCCACCAGACGAUUGAGUCGUCUGUUUAUGGGAGGUCGCGAUGGUCUCGGCUCAAAAUUCAAUCGUACUGCCCUGUUGGCCUUUUUUGGUCAAGUUGUAGCCAAUGAGAUUGUUAUGGCAUCCGAAUCGGGAUGUCCCAUAGAAAUGCAUCGCAUUGAAAUUGAUAAAUGCGAUGAAAUGUAUGAUAAAGAAUGUCGUGGUGAUAAGUACAUACCUUUUCAUCGAGCGGCAUAUGAUCGUAGCACGGGCCAGAGUCCCAAUGCUCCACGAGAACAAAUUAAUCAAAUGACUGCCUGGAUAGAUGGAAGUUUUAUUUAUAGUACCUCGGAGGCAUGGCUAAAUGCCAUGCGUUCCUUUCACAAUGGCACAAUGCUGACAGAUAAGAGUGGCAAAAUGCCGGUUAAGAAUACCAUGAGGGUGCCGCUGUUUAACAAUCCGGUGCCGAAUGUUAUGAAGAUGUUAAGUCCUGAAAGAUUAUUUUUAUUGGGAGAUCCUAGAACUAACCAAAAUCCGGCUAUGCUAUCCUUUGCCAUACUGUUUUUACGCUGGCACAAUACACUUGCUCAGCGUAUUAAGCGUGAGCAUAACGACUGGACCGAUGAGGAUAUUUUCCAACGUGCUCGUCGUACUGUAAUCGCCACCUUGCAAAAUGUUAUAAUGUAUGAGUAUUUGCCCUCAUUUUUGGGUUCCGACAUACCCGCUUAUGAGGGUUAUAAUCGUGAUAUACAUCCGGGUAUUGGUCAUGUAUUUCAAGCAGCUGCCUUCCGUUUUGGUCAUACCAUGAUACCACCGGGUAUUUAUAGACGUGAUUCAAGUUGUAAUUAUAAGAAAACGCCUAUGGGUUAUCCGGCCAUACGUUUGUGUUCAACUUGGUGGGAUUCGAGUGACUUUCUUACCGACACCACAAUUGAGGAAAUUCUCAUGGGUUUGUCUUCCCAAAUCUCAGAACGUGAAGAUCCUGUGCUCUGUUCCGAUGUACGUGAUAAACUCUUUGGUCCCAUGGAAUUUACACGCCGUGAUUUGGGAGCCUUGAAUAUAAUGCGUGGUCGUGAUAAUGGCCUACCCGAUUACAACAGUGCCCGAGAGGCGUUUGGCCUAAAUAGGCGCCAAAAUUGGACUGAUAUAAAUCCUGAACUUUUUGCAAAACAACCCGAUCUCUUGAGUAUGUUGAUCUCAGCCUAUGAUAACCAAUUGGACGAUGUGGAUGUUUAUGUGGGCGGCAUGUUGGAAUCGUAUGGUCAACCUGGUGAAUUAUUUACUGCCGUUAUUAAAGAACAGUUUCAACGUUUAAGAGAUGCUGAUCGUUUUUGGUUUGAAAAUGAUCGCAAUGGUAUUUUUACCAAAGAGGAAAUCGAGGAGAUUCGUAAAAUAAGAAUGUAUGACAUUAUUGUAAAUAGUACGGAUAUAAAUGAUAGUGAUAUACAGGAGGAUGUUUUUAUGUGGCACGAGGGAGAUCCUUGUCAACAACCCAUGCAAUUGAAUGCUACCGAAUUGGAACCUUGUACCUAUUUGGAGGGCUAUGACUACUUUUCGGGUUCGGAAUUAAUGUUUAUUUAUGUCUGUGUAUUUUUGGGUUUUGUACCCAUUCUAUGCGCUGGAGCAGGUUAUUGUGUGGUCAAGCUGCAAAACAGUAAGAGAAGGAAAUUGAAAAUACGCCAAGAAGCUUUAAGAGCGCCCCAGCACAAGGGUUCAGUGGAUAAAAUGUUGGCUCGUGAAUGGUUGCAUGCCAAUCACAAACGUUUGGUAACAGUUAAAUUUGGCCCAGAGGCUGCCAUUUACACCGUGGAUCGUAAAGGAGAAAAGUUACGCUCUUUCAGUUUGAAAACUGUAGAUGUGGUAACUGUUGAAGAAUCGGCCCAUAAUCAUAUUAAAAAGAAACCUUACAUACUCUUAAGGGUACCUAAUGAUCAUGAUUUGGUCUUGGAGCUGGAAUCUUAUGGAGCUCGAAGAAAGUUUGUUAAAAAAUUGGAAGACUUUUUAAUUUUACACAAAAAAGAAAUGACUCUGGUGGAGGUAAAUCGUGAUAUGAUGUUGGCCGGAGCGGAAACACGUGAGAGGCGACAAAAGCGUUUGGAAUAUUUCUUCCGUGAGGCUUAUGCUUUAACCUUUGGCUUGAGACCGGGAGAAAGACGUCGCAGAUCUGAUGCUUCCACCGAUGGCGAGGUAAUGACUGUCAUGCGCACCUCACUAUCGAAAGCAGAAUUUGCUGCUGCUCUCGGCAUGAAACCCAAUGAUAUGUUUGUACGCAAAAUGUUCAAUAUCGUAGAUAAAGAUCAAGAUGGCCGCAUAAGUUUCCAAGAGUUUCUGGAAACUGUGGUACUCUUCUCACGCGGCAAAACCGAUGAUAAACUACGAAUAAUUUUCGAUAUGUGUGACAAUGAUCGUAAUGGUGUCAUUGACAAGGGCGAACUAAGUGAAAUGAUGCGCUCUUUGGUGGAAAUUGCUCGUACCACUAGUCUGGGCGAUGAUCAAGUAACCGAAUUAAUUGAUGGCAUGUUCCAGGAUGUGGGUUUGGAGCACAAGAAUCAUCUAACCUAUCAGGACUUCAAACUAAUGAUGAAAGAAUAUAAAGGCGACUUUGUGGCCAUUGGUUUAGAUUGUAAAGGAGCCAAACAGAAUUUCCUGGACACGUCGACAAAUGUGGCACGCAUGACUUCGUUUAAUAUUGAGCCCAUGCAAGAGAGACCACGCCACUGGAUGCAAGAGAAAUGGGAUAGUUAUAUAACGUUUUUGGAGGAGAAUCGUCAGAAUAUUUUCUAUUUAUUCCUGUUUUAUGUCAUAACCAUUGUGUUGUUUGUGGAACGUUUUAUACAUUACUCCUUUAUGGCUGAACAUACGGACUUGAGACAUAUUAUGGGUGUGGGUAUUGCCAUCACUCGAGGAUCGGCUGCUUCAUUGUCAUUUUGUUACUCGCUGCUGUUGCUUACUAUGUCCAGAAAUCUGAUAACUAAACUUAAAGAAUUUCCCAUACAACAGUAUAUACCCUUGGAUUCUCAUAUACAAUUUCAUAAAAUUGCUGCCUGUACUGCCCUGUUCUUUUCGGUGCUACAUACAGUGGGUCACAUAGUUAAUUUCUAUCAUGUCUCAACACAAUCACACGAAAAUCUCAGAUGUCUGACCAGAGAAGUGCACUUUGCCUCGGAUUACAAGCCAGAUAUAACAUUCUGGUUAUUCCAAACGGUGACAGGAACCACUGGCGUUUUACUGUUUAUUAUAAUGUGCAUAAUCUUUGUAUUUGCCCAUCCCACUAUACGCAAAAAGGCCUAUAACUUCUUUUGGAAUAUGCAUACCCUUUACAUAGGGCUCUACUUAUUAAGUCUUAUACACGGUCUGGCCCGUUUAACAGGACCUCCCCGCUUUUGGAUGUUCUUUUUGGGUCCCGGCAUUAUUUAUACUUUGGAUAAAAUUGUUUCUCUACGCACCAAAUACAUGGCUUUGGAUGUCAUUGAAACCGAUCUACUGCCUUCCGAUGUUAUUAAAAUUAAGUUCUAUCGUCCACCCAACCUAAAAUAUCUUUCCGGACAAUGGGUGCGCUUAUCCUGCACUGCCUUUAGACCUCAUGAAAUGCACAGUUUUACGCUCACUUCGGCUCCCCAUGAAAAUUGCCUCAGCUGCCACAUUAAGGCUCAGGGACCUUGGACCUGGAAGCUGCGCAACUAUUUUGAUCCUUGCAAUUACAAUCCCGAAGAUCAGCCCAAAAUACGUAUUGAGGGUCCCUUUGGUGGAGGCAAUCAGGAUUGGUAUAAAUUUGAAGUGGCAGUUAUGGUGGGUGGUGGCAUUGGUGUCACCCCUUACGCAUCGAUUUUAAACGAUUUGGUAUUUGGCACAAGUACAAAUCGAUAUUCGGGAGUUGCUUGCAAGAAGGUCUACUUCUUGUGGAUUUGUCCAUCGCACAAACACUUUGAAUGGUUUAUUGAUGUUCUGCGUGAUGUGGAGAAGAAGGAUGUGACGAAUGUGCUGGAGAUUCACAUAUUUAUAACGCAAUUUUUCCACAAAUUCGAUUUGAGAACAACAAUGUUGUAUAUUUGUGAAAAUCACUUCCAACGUCUAUCGAAAACAUCGAUAUUUACUGGUCUCAAGGCUGUUAAUCAUUUCGGUCGACCGGAUAUGUCCAGUUUCUUGAAAUUUGUACAAAAGAAACAUUCUUAUGUCUCAAAAAUUGGCGUAUUUUCUUGCGGUCCCCGGCCCUUAACCAAGAGUGUUAUGUCCGCCUGUGAUGAGGUCAACAAGACUAGAAAGUUACCAUACUUUAUUCACCACUUUGAGAAUUUCGGUUAAAUAUUAACAAUUUCACUCACAAAACAAAUCGAAAAUAAAUAAAUUCAUUAUAAAUCUAUAGAAAAUACCCACUGUUUUAACAAUCAGGCAUUUAAACAAAUUAAACAUUUAAUAAAUUAUAUUAAAAAUCUUUAAGAAACAAAAAAGUUAAUGUAUGUGUAUUAAACUUGCGAACUUAAGAAUGUAUCUAAUAUUUAUAACAAAAAGAAAAGAAAAUUUUUAGUCAAAUUUUAUAUAUGUAAAAGCAAAUUAAAAUAUUUAAACUAAAACAAAUUCAAA